UCCUUCUUUGACGGAAAGAUUAAUAAGUUACCAAGAAGCCAUUAUCGGGACUUAAAAAGCCCCGGAGAGAAGUCAGGGUGGAAGUCAGGAGGUGAAGGAGAAGAGGAAGACCAGAGGCAAGCCGACUGUAAGCUGGCAUGAAGGUCCCGGCGUUCCCCGUGGCUGUCGCUGCCAUGCUCUUGAUUCUGGCCCAGAGCACCCAGUCCGUCUUCAUCAAGUAUGGAGACCACCAGGUGAGGCUGGAGUCUGUGAAGAAGUUGGAUGAACUCUUGGAGCAGUCUCAGGAUUUGAGUAUCCAAAUAAAAGCCCAGGGGGACCUGUCCAUCCUGUGCAACAACCCAGCACUGCCCUCUGACCUCCAGCCAGUCUGUGAGAAUCACCAAGCUGCCAACAUCUUCAGAGCCCUGAGAGACAUCGCCCAAGAUGACUGUGAAAUUUGUGUAAAUGUGGCCUGCACAGGCUGUUACUGAGACAGCAUCAGUCCUCCUCCCCACUCCAGUGAAUUUCUGCUGAUUCUGCCUUUUCCCCAACCUGACCUCCCUUCCUACUCCCACCCCACUUCACACACAUAAAAGUACAAAUGUCUAAAGAUGGAGACCUCCGGUCCACUUCAUGGGAAACAGGGGAAAGUGCUGGACUCCUGUCUUCUCUAAGCUAUGUCUGAUGAGGGAGGGGCAUCUCUCCAUAAGUGAUGUCUGAGGGCCCUACCAGGUCUGAUCAGGAAGUACAAGCUGAGCCAAGUUGAGUCAAGAUGCUAAACUGAUACCUCACCCCCAACACUACCAGGAACCUGAAGCAAGGCCUGGAGGAAGCCACAGGUGGAGAAGUCCAAGGCCAGCCUCCAUGUGGGGCAGCACAGCACCCCCUUCUCCCAUGUUCCCAUAUCACCACAGCCCAGAGGAAGAAAUAUCCUCAUGGUGAUAGAAGGGCCUCCAUCUCCAUCACCACCCCCAUUAUCAUCAGGACCAGCAUCAGCAUCCUUUGUGGGGAGUUCUCAUCAUUUGGAGCUGAACCUUGGACAAAGAAAUUUAAGCAGUCACAACUCCUACCCUUGAUGAGUUUUCCUCAUGCAAUCUCAGACAGACUUCCUGUAGAGCCCCAAACUCUUGGAACCCUGCUAGCCAGUGAAUAAAGAAUUUAUAAAUAUGCUGAGAAAUGAGGAAGUGUUUUCCAUUGCUGGGGGCUAAGGGAGCAAGGAGACUGAAGCUUUGUGUAAACCAAAGGCCCAAGAGCAUCUCUUGGUUUGAUGAAGGAAGCACUAAAGACUCGUCGAUUAGGAUUAGAGGGAUUAGACCAGAGAGAGCAUUUCCUGUUCUCUUCCAAUUAUCCAAGAAGCCUUAAUGGACUGCCCAUUCCACUUGGGGAGUUUGCUAAUGCUUAAGAAGUUUUCUCUUUAUAGUAAACUAAAAUCUGCCUUUCUGAAACU